AUGUCCAGGUCCUACGAUCGAGCCCUCACCGUCUUCUCGCCCGACGGCCAUCUCUUCCAGGUCGAGUAUGCUCUCGAGGCUGUACGCAAGGGCACCUGCGCCGUCGGCGUCAAAGGAAAGGACGUCGUGGUGCUCGGCGUCGAAAAGAAGAGUGUCCUCCAGCUCCAAGAUCCUCGCACCAUCCGAAAGACGGCCAUGCUGGACGACCACGUCUGCCUCGCAUUUGCCGGCCUCACCGCCGACGCCAGGAUCCUGAUUGACAAGGCGCGGAUCGAGUGCCAGUCCCACCGCCUCACCGUCGAAGACCCCGUCACCGUCGACUACAUCACCAGGCACAUUGCGGGCAUCCAGCAGCGUUACACGCAAUCCGGUGGUGUCCGCCCCUUUGGAAUCUCGACGCUCAUCAUCGGCUUUGACGCCAACGAGAGCACCCCGCGCCUCUACCAAACGGAGCCGUCGGGCAUGUACUCGGCCUGGAAGGCCAACUCUAUCGGCCGCUCCUCUAAGACGGUACGCGAGUUCCUCGAAAAGAACCACAAGGAUGACAUGACAAAAGACGAGACCAUCAAGCUCGCCAUCAAGAGCCUGCUCGAGGUCGUCCAGACGGGCGCCAAGAACAUCGAGAUCGCGCUGAUGGAAGGCCAUGGACAGGUCAGGAACCUCGAGCUGUCCGAGAUUGAGAAGUUCGUCGCCGAGAUCACCGAGGAAAAGGAAGCCGAGGCGGAACGGAGGAGGAACCGCCUCGCCGCCACGGCGGGCGCGCAGGCGUCGAUGGGAUCCGGCACCAACCCCUGA